AUGAAUGCAAAAUAUGAAGAGCAAAUUGAUGAAGUUGAAGAAACUGAGAGCAUAAUUAAGACAGAAUCUGAGUCACAGCCUAAAGAAAAGCCAUCUAAACAAACUGUUGUUAAGCCAAUAAGGAAAUUGACAGCAAAAGAAGUAAGUAAAAUGAAAAUAAAAGAAUUAGUAUCAUUCGUAUGAAGUGUAUGCUUAACUUUUGUCUGUCAACUGUGCAUAAUUUCGCUAGUUGGUGGUCUUUUGCUUAUUAGUGAUACCUUAAAAAGUGCUUUGCAGGGCUGGCUUAGUAUUUUGGUAUGCCUUGGCGCUUUGCUUUCUUUAUAUUGCACAAUUCCAUAUGCAGCAAAACAGCUUAAAAAAUCUCCAGCAGAUAUUGGGAUUCUAUCAGCAUUAUGCAUAGUCAAACUUGGGCUAUUUGCAGCAAUUUUAGCGAAUUAUCCAAUAUUUUUGACAUUUGUCCCAAUAAUUAAUUUAUUGGCAGUUUUUCAAACAAUUGCAUUUUUUGUAUGAAUAAAUAAAUCCUUCAGCACAGACACAAUAAUUGUAAUAAUUACCAUGGUAUGCCUGAUUUUAGCAUUUUUAGGAACUGCUGAAGACUGGAAUGAUAUUUAUUACGUGCUGGCAACGGAAAUAAUUAUGUGAACUGUCAGUGUAUUUCUGACCAAAAAUUUAGCAUUGAUAAGUCAAUGAAAAAAUCCCCACAUUAAGAGCGGAGAUUAUAUAUUUGCGUGUGCCGUAUUGGAGUCUGAAAUUAUCACGAAACCAAUUUUUUUAAUAAUUAAUGGCGCUAAAAAGUAA